AUGCCUGUGCUAGAGAAACCCACACAGAAAGAAAAAGAUGCAUGCAGCAAAGAUGUGACAACACUGCCCAAGCUUCCGGUGCCUCCACUGCAACAGACCUUGCACAUGUACCUACAGUGUGUGAAACACUUGAUUCCAGAGGAGCAAUUUAGGAAGACCAAGGCCAUAGUAGAACAAUUUGGAGUUGCAGGAGGCCUAGGAGAAUCCUUACAGCAAAAACUUCUAGAUAGAAGGGAGAAGACUGGAAACUGGGUGUUUAACUACUGGUUGGAUGACAUGUACCUCAACAACCGGUUGGCUCUUCCAGUCAAUUCCAGCCCUGCAAUUAUCUUUGCCAGUCAACAUUUCAAGGAUGUGAAUGACCAGCUGAGAUUUGCUGCUAAUCUCAUUUCGGGAGUGCUGGAUUAUAAAGCUUUACUGGAUGCCAAUGCUAUACCUGUUGAUUUUGCUCGUGGACAGCUGUCUGGUCAUCCUCUCUGUAUGAAGCAAUACUAUGGACUAUUUUCUUCCUAUCGUCUUCCAGGCCAUACCAAAGAUACUCUAGUGGCCCAGAAAAGCAGCAUAAUGCCAGAACCAGAGCACAUCAUUGUUGCUUGUAACAAUCAGUUCUUUGUUUUGGAUGUUGUAAUUAAUUUCCGCCGUCUCAGCGAAGGGGAUUUGUUCACUCAGUUAAGAAAGAUAGUCAAAAUGGCAGAGAACGAAGAAGAGAGGCUGCCUCCAAUUGGUUUACUGACAUCUGAUGGAAGAACUGAGUGGGCAGAGGCCAGGACAAUCCUCAUGAAAGACUCUACUAACCGAGACUCCCUGGAUAUGAUUGAACGGUGUAUAUGCUUGGUGUGUCUGGAUGGCCCAAGUGGGGUGGAACUCAAUGAUACAAAUAUGGCUUUGCAACUUCUACAUGGGGGAGGCUAUGAUAAAAAUGGUGCCAAUCGCUGGUAUGACAAACCCAUGCAGUUUGUUGUGGGAAGAGAUGGAGUCUGUGGCACUGUGUGUGAACACUCCCCUUUCGAUGGGAUCGUCCUGGUACAGUGCACCGAACAUUUGCUCAAGCACAUGAGGGAAAGCACUAAGAAAUUAGUCAGAGCUGAUUCAGUGAGUGAGCUUCCUACUCCAAGGAGAUUGAGAUGGAAAUGCUCUCCAGAAAUUCAGGGACACUUAGCAUCAUCAGCAGAAAAACUUCAAAGGAUAGUAAACAAUCUAGAUUUUAUUGUUUAUACAUUUGAAAACUAUGGAAAAGAGUUUAUCAAGAAACAAAAGACUAGCCCAGAUGCCUACAUUCAAGUAGCACUUCAGCUGGCAUUUUACAGAUGCCACAGAAGACUUGUUCCUACCUAUGAAAGUGCUUCCAUACGCCGAUUUGAAGAGGGAAGAGUUGACAAUAUUAGGUCUGCAACCCCAGAAGUUUUAGCUUUUGUAAAAGCAAUGACUGAUGACAAGUCAUCUCUGCCGGAAUCUAAGAUGCAACGAUUUAAAGAUGCAAUUGCGGCACAGACUAAUUAUACUAUUUUGGCCAUUACUGGAAUGGCAAUAGACAAUCACUUGCUAGGGCUCAGAGAGACAGCACGGGAGCACUUCAAGGAACUACCAGAGAUAUUUACAGAUGAAACAUAUUUGACAAGCAGUCAAUUUAUCCUCUCAACUAGUCAGGUUCCAACCACCAUGGAAAUGUUCUGCUGUUAUGGGCCUGUGGUCCCCAGUGGUUAUGGUGUAUGUUAUAAUCCACAGCCAGAGCAUAUAUUAUUCUGCAUCUCAAGCUUUAAAGAAUGUAAAGAGACCUCCUCAGUCAUGUUUGCUAAAGCUGUGGAAGAAAGUCUCAUGGAAAUGAGAGAUUUGUGCAGCAAAUGCAACUCUACUACAACAAAAUCACUGUCUAAACAAGAAACAGUUGCAAAAUCUCAAAAUGGACGCAAGCUCUAA